AUGAUCAUUGACAGUGUUCAAGAUCUACUAAAAAGGUGGGGAAUGAAUCAUGAAAGGAUGUUACAAAAACAAUGUGGUCCCAAAAAUGUGAAUAGAGGGACCUACCUCAAAGUUCAUCAAUGUAAGUUUUUUUUUCCGUUUUCCGUUUUCAUUGGAAAAUUUAGAAAACACGUUGGGUGUGGGGACGGUGGCGAUGGUGGGGGCAGUUAUGGUGUCGAUGAUGGAGACAGUGGUGGUGGUGGCAACGGGGUGGCGAUGGUAGUGGUGAUGACAGGCGGUGGUGGUGGCGGCGACAAUUGUGGCAGUGGUGGUGAUGGCGGCGGUGGUGGUUCUGGUGAUGGGGUAGUGGUGGUGCUGAUGGUAGGUCAGUGA